AUGUCUUUGCCUCCUUCCGCUCGUCCGUACCGGUCCAAACGACAUCGGCCAUGCGAUCAAUGCCGAUCCCGAAAGCUGGGAUGCCAGACGGGCGACGGCAUCCCUUGUCAACGAUGCCGAGCUGCCAGAAUCGACUGUACCUUCGACAACCCACCCCCUAAACGUGCACGACUCUCGGAAUCGCUCUCCUUCAGCAUCUCAAGUGUUGAUGAUCUGCCGACCACCUCGCACGGCGAAGUUGGGGAGAUCUUGGUCGCGGAUAUCCCCCACUUGAAGAGCCCUUCCGAAAGUGUUCAGUCCCCCUUCCCAUCACUCGAGUUCGGCCAAGUCAGUGGUCCAUCGCCGGUCCCGGGAAUUCCUCUUGCUACCCGACCGCCGACUCAAUUUGUCCAGAGCAUCGACCGAUUGGAACAUGGCUAUGCGCAGUUGUUUGGUGCUUCCGCCGAGUCGGAUCCGUGGCUACUCCGACAUUGCCGUUUCGACGACUCUGGAAUGAAGUAUUUCUACAAAAUCCACUUUCGGAAUGCCGGUGGCGUCCCCACUGCUCAACGUAUUCCUGUCCAUUUCAUGAUAUCAUCCGGCGAUCUAUCUGACGGACUCAAGCAGGAAACCAGGGCAGGUCUCGGCCAAGUCACACGGGAACAUCUUGACUGUCUGGUGCCCCCCCGAGUAUGGAAGGAGACUAGUCGCGCUUAUGUAUUUCCUGCGCUGCCGGUAAUAUCUCGCUCCCAACUUGGGUUGACCACACCCUCGUAUCAGCUCCCGGAGCUGUCCGUGCUGGCCAAAGUCCCCAUUCAUCUGUUGGCCGCUAUCUACGCAUCGGCAUUUCCUUUCGUCGCUCAUGAUGACUACCUAUGUGUCCUCAACACCUACCACUCAUCUCCCGUCCAAAGACUGUGGCGAAUGGUGUACGAGCUCGUGAGUGAAGAAAUCCACACUCCGCGUCUUGCGGUUCUCCAGGCGGCUUUAUUAUACCUCCAUCAGCAGCCCACCGACGAGGCCAGGUACACAACCGCCGAUACCCCAUUUCUUUGGUCCUUUGUGGGGCAAAUCGUCGGCUUGGCCUGUUCCCUUGGCGUACAUAUUGAAUGUCGCAUGUGGGGGAUUCCGGCUUGGGAGAAACGUCUCCGACGCCGACUAUGGUGGGCUGUCUUUGCCGAAGAUAAAUGGCGCAGUUUAUUGAUGGGGCGCCCGCCUUAUAUCCACCCAGCCGAAUGGGACGUCAGUGAACUAGACGAGGGUGACUUCUUGGUUGGGCCGCGACAGGGUUUCUCGACGUCUUCUUGUGACACAGAAAUCCCCUUUCGGUAUCUGGUUAACCUCGCUCGAAUCGCAGAGGAAAUCCAUGAAACGUUCUACACCCUGCGAGCCUCCCAGAUCCUGAACGCAAACUUUGACGCUUCUGCAGACCUUGGGCGAGACCUGUUGGAGAAACUGAACACCUGGUACUCUACUCUUCCGGAAACAUUUCGUCUCCCUAAUUGGAGCAAAUCAGUACACGGCCAAGCACCCUAUCCGACAUCUAUUCACUUUGCAUAUUUACUACUCGCCGUGUAUGUGUACCGGGCUAUGUUACGACCGAUGGCGCGAUCGUCAGAUCCUCCAAUGAUCUUCGACCUAGAAGAGAUGGCGGCCACCUCCCCGCUGCCCGUGGACGACCCGACAUUGGAUUUUGCCGACGCCUCUGGGAUCGAGUCAUUCCCCGAACUCUCCAUGUCUGAUGUAAGUGGCACCAGCGAAAUAACUCUUCACGCGGCGGAGAAGUGCGCAACAAUCCUGGUGAACUUCACCCGGAGGCUUACACCUAGUGAUUUCACGGGAUUUUGGUAUUCAUGGUCUCGUAUUGGAUUCGCGACUGUUUCGAACUUUCUCAUGCUCCUACUUGUCCAGGCGCCCAACGCCUCGCAUGCAGCACGAGGGAAAUAUCUGGUGGAGUCAUGGCUGCAAGUCCUUCGAUGUCAGAGCCAGAGUUUUCCCCACGUCAAAUUGGGACUUGCACGAUUAGAUGCUAUGCACUGGGCUGGCCUGGAGGAUACAUUUGUUCUCCCCCCACAUGUGCAAGAAGCCACAGCUAACCUCGAGGAAGACAGGUCGAUUGUAUGA